AUGGCGGGUCUAGCCAAGCAGUCUGCCCUUGAGAGCUUCCAGCGGUUCACCAGUCGAGCGAGUGGAUUGUCGAAGUUCAAGCGGACAGAGGAGGAGAGGGUCUGCCCUCGGCUCAUGAGCCAACCGCUGCUUGGACCGUAUGCGACCAGCUCUGCUCUUUCUGCGAAGCACUAUCAGCUCGUCACUGCCGUCGAAAGCGCGCCCGACGACGAGGCGGUGAAUGGGGUGCUAGUGGACGCGUGCAGGCGGAUACGAGACUCUUGGGUGAAGACGGCGCCCACGCCAACGAAGGCGUCGCACGACCUGGUCUUCCUGCUGUACUGCCGAACGCAACGACGAGACCCCUCGCUCGCACCGGACGAAGCUGCCCUGCUCGAAGGAGAAUGGGCCCUGCCGACCGCAGUCUUGUUGGCGGGAGGAGGGCGUCUGCGCGAGCGACAAAUCGGCUACCGUGCUUGCGCCGAACUGUUCCCUCCGGCCUUUCACCCUCUCAAGCUGCUCCUCAUCAACACAAUUUCGCACGACGUGUCCGUCCCGCCUAGCGAUGAUGACGCCGAUAAGCGAUGGUCGAUGGCACUGCGCGCAGUAGGGUCCCCCAACAUCGUCUCGCCGGAGCUUCUUUCCGCUGUUCAGGCGCAGAUCUUUGACCUCCUCGCCGCCCGCACCGUCGCCGAGUCGAUCAAGCGACUUGCGUUGGCCACGGCUCUCUCAGUCGUUCAGUGCGCAAAGGACGAGAAGCUCGAUGGCGCCUCAGCAUUAACCGCUCAGACUCGCGCGCGGGUCCUCUCGCUUCUCCUACCGCCUCCUCCUUCUUCCGCCUCGACUUCCUCUCGGCAACACCACUCUCACCACUCUCCGGCUUCUGUCACACUUCUCGCCGCUCUCUCCUCCGCCAUCGCACCAUCUUCGCCUAUACACCCGAUUCUUCCGAGCGCGAAGGACCGCAUCCAGCUUCACGCCUCGCUCCUCGAUCGCGUCCUUGAUACUUUGGACAUCAACGAUACGUCGAGGAGCGUGUGGGCCGUGGAACGUGCGCUGAGAAAUCUCGCGGCAGAGUUGGAAAGGCUCGACGCGGCUGAAGCGGACGCAGUGGACGCUCCGAUGGAGCUACUGUGGCGUGCUGUCGAUAGACUGCGGAGAAUUGGUACAGCACUGGCUGAGGGCGCCAUCGUCUCGGCUCUUCGCCUCCUUCCCUUUUUCCGGGACUCCGUCUCGACCUCGCCAAACACCUUUGACGAGCUGCUUUCCCGCAUACAAGUCCGACUCGUCCGCCCUGAGAGCUCCGCUCAACUCCUCUUCGCCCUCCAAUCGCUCGCGCUCCUGCCUCCCUCGCGAUGGACGACACCGCCUUCCGAUUCGAUACCAUUACGGCGUUCGACAUGGGGCGAGCGAGAAUGGGCCGCCAUACUUGCCUCACUCGAUUCGCCCGACUCGACAGUUCGCCUCAGCGGUCUCGCCCUCGUUCGACGGGUCGACCCGAACCUCGUCAAGCUGCAUUACGAGCGACUCCUGAGCUCGUUGACUUCGGACGAUACGCAUGCCAGCGCCACCAGCUUCGGCAGCGGUGCGAGUCGGAAGAAGCGGCGGGGAUGGAUAAAGCAGCGGGACGAGGUCGUCGAACGGGUGCUGGAGAUCCUGCCGUUCUCGCCCGACAGCACGACCGGGAGAACGGCCUCACCCUCAUCUCCCAAGUCGCCUCGCCUGCCCUCUGCUUCGUCCCUUCUCGCCCUCCUCUCGCGCCCCGAACUUGACAUUCCGCCCACACUUCCUUUACCAUCCCUCGUCCUUCCUGUCCUUUCCUUUUUCCGCGACGCCCCGCCUUCGCAGCAGCUCUUCUUUGCCCAGCAACUCGUCUUCGACGCGGAGGAGCAGUGGAAAAAGAGUCUGAUCGCGGGACUCUGGGUUGCCGGGACAGCUCAUGUCUUGCGCGACGAGGAGGCGGAACGAGCCGCAGAGUCGUUACUCGCAUGGCUGAUUGACUCGUCGGCCGAUCUCGCCCUGGUCGAGCUCCUCCAGGAACCCCUCCUGUUCCUCGUCCUUCGCCUCAUCGCCCUAAACCCGUCGUGCACCUUCCUCCGAGUACAAAACGCCAUCUUCCGCGCUGAGCCGUCAUUCGCAUCGUCCAAGACGCAUCACCUUGUCGCCAAGCUCGAGACAGCACUUCGCGACUCUGAGGAACGACAAGCCCUCAUCAAGGCCGGAACAGCGACAGCCGACCGAUCACUAGCCGACUUCAGCGCCCGAAUCAUACCAACUCCUCCGAUCGAGUCCUCGCCUUCUUACACCGAGUCGCACGCCUCCUCUCCUGCACUAUCCUCGCACCGCUCUCGACUCUUCCAUCCACCGUCCGCCCCGACGCCGUCUUCAGCUCCGUCAUCCCCUCUCACAACGACCGACCAGGUAUCCUCGCCUCGCGCACCUCGCUCAGCCCGCGCGCUCGAGCGAGAGCGAGCCGAUCUCCGGCGAGAACGUGGGGACCGAGGAGGUCGUGGUAGCGGAUCACGAAUGGUGCAGAGCCUGAUGGAGCGAGAGGCGCUCAGCCUGGAGCAUGACGAGCGAGGACAAGGGGAAGGCGCAGAAGACGAACGAACGUCGAGCAAGAAUGCGUUGGAAUGGCAGAGUCUGUCAAGCGGUGUCGGCUUGGAGACAGGUGCUGGGGAUUCGCAGCGUGAGGAGCGCGAGACGAGCGGCGAACCCCCUGAUGAUCUGCUCAUCGAGCUAGAGACGCUUGACCCCUUCCGUAGGGCCUGA